ACAGCAGAGACAGAUAACUGUGAUACCAAUGCAGCAUGUACAAACACUGUUGGAAGUUUUAACUGUACUUGUAAUACAGGCUAUAUUGGGGAUGGUACAUCAUGUACAGUGCCAAAGACAUGUGACCCUUUUGAAAGUGGAACAUUGGUGCUUGACAUCAGUUGUACACCUAGUUGUAUGAAGAGGAUGACGUUUGUGUCUGAACUGAAGUUCCUUGUUACAUGUGCUAAUUGCCAGGAUUGGGUUCAAACAUACCAAUGGUCACUCAGAGAGUGUUUUAAUGAAAAUAUUAUGGAAUGCGUGCAUUGCGGUAGCAGUUAUGACGAAAUGUUUCUUCCAUCAACAGGAAACUUUAUAAAAAUUGACCAUAGCAACACAGCAGGUUGGGCAUAUUAUGCCGUUGUAGUUAAGGUUACUCUGCAAAAUCCCAGUAAAGAUGAAGGAAUGACAUCAUUUAUUUAUCAGUAUUACGAUGACACAAAGGUUGUAUGCCAGGUAUCACCCAUUACUGGACAGGCAAUAACAACUCCAUUUACUAUCACAUGUAAUGAGCCAACCUUGCCAGAAGUUUUGCCCUAUACCUGUAAGGUGUCCUAUGCAUUAGAAGAACAUGGAGAAAACUUAAUUUACCAACGAGAAGAUACAUGUAAUCAUGACGGGAUAUCUUUACAUCAAGGUGAAAAGGAGCAGGGUUAUAGAUUACAUUUACUUGUUGCUGGUACAUACUUGGAUCAUCUUCUUUGGGAAGAACCUCUUCUACUCACGGUGGAACCAACCCCUGUUACAAAUGAAGAGCUUGGAAAUACAGUAGAUGAUUUAAGUGGCAACCUAACAGAAAGUGCUACUGAAGAAGAAGUUGUCGAAAUUUUGAAUGACUUGCAAUCUGUUUCAAUCACUCUUAAUACUAAACCUCCAGAUGCAAACAUUACCUUUUCAAACUAUAGUGCUACUGAAAAAGAAGAAAUGGCAAAAGAAGAAAAUAAGAAGGUACGUGAAGCCGUUUUAAAUACAAUAUCGACAAUCAACACAAGUAGUAUAGAAAUCAUGAUCUCCGUGACAUCGACUUUGAACCAGGUCACAUUGAAGAAAGAUGAACUUUCGACCGAGGCUAAAGAUCAAGCAUUUGAUAUGUACAACACGUUUACAGAGGAUUUGAAAGAGAAGGAGGAAACAACUUCUGAUGAAGAUGUCAGAAAAGCUGCUGG